CCGUACCGGACAUCUUCCAAAAGUCCGGGAAGAGUCCGAAUAUCUCAUGAAAAUCAAUCAAUCGAAUGUGCAUGGAUAUUUGUUUCGCUCCAAGCAACUCGUCUCUCAUUUCUCAGACUUCUGCCCAUGGCGACCCCGCAACCGACAGCUCUUCAAGGGCAGCCUAAGCACGCAUGCUCGCUCUGCGCAAAGAGAAAAAUCAAAUGCGACAAAGCUGAGCCAUGUUCAAAUUGCACAAAGGCACAGGCACACUGUCUCUACGAAGUACCAGCUCUACCGCGACCUCGCAAGAGAGCGGCUGAUGAGGAGCUUCUGGCGCGCUUGGCCGCAUACGAGGACUUGAUGCGGAAGCACAAUGUCGACUUUGCGCCGUGUUCUCAUGGUUGGAUUACGUCUGGGCCUCAAGGGCGUAUUAAGCAAGAUAAAACUGAGGCGAUGCCUUCUGCAAUAUCUCCGCUUGAUUACCAGAGCUCAGCGACUCAGGUGUCGAAGGAUGUUCCCUUGGCGACAGAACGUUGUCUUUGGUCGACUCUCCCGACAGAGCUCAUUUACCCACCCGUCCAGUGUUUGACCAGAAGGGAAGAUCCUUUGCAUAUCCCAACGCCAUCGCUUCAUGUUCUUAUGACGACAGUUCAACCCGAACUUUCCCAGUUGCACCCGGACCCAAGGCACAUUUACCGAUUUUGGCAGAUCUUCGUCGAGGCCGUCAACCCGUUGCUGAAGAUCAUCCAUGUGCCGACACUACAGCAGCAGAUCCUUGACGCAAGUUGGAAUCCGGCUGCCGCCUCAAAACCGCUCACAGCCAUUCUGUUCUCCAUCUACACCCUGGCUGUCACCUCCACGUCCAUUGAAGGCUGCCAGGCUACCUUUGGCGAGGCCAGAAACACGCUGAUACUGCGCUAUCGGACAGCGGCUCUGCGUGCUCUCAUUGCAGCCGACUUCCUCACCACGCGAGACUUUGAGGUCUUGCAAGCUUUUGUUCUCUUUCUCUUCUCUGACCCCGACUCGGAGUUGACGUCUACCCUCACUGGUGCCGCCAUUAGGAUCAGCCAGAAGAUGGGUCUGAACAGACCAAAGCCGGAUCCAAAAGUAUCGGUGUUCGAGACUGAAAUGCGUAUACGUCUAUGGUGGCAGUUGAACGGAUUGGAUUCUAGAGUGAGAAUCGUCAAAAUUGCGGGCAUGCGACUCCCACCAUCCGAGAGUGAGUUCGGCGACAUCCGCCUCCCACUCAACGUCAACGACGCGGACUUGCAUCCGGAAAUGACGGAGCUACCACCGGAGCACCCGGGCGCAACGGAAAUGCUCUGCGUGUUGAUGAAGUUUGAGACCUUCAAUAUUAUCAGAUCUUCCAGUAGAGCUGUCAAGGUCUUUGAUGUCAUUAUCCACGGUCCUGGGAAAGACAAGCCCCCAUCAAAGCUGGAAGACGACGCGAUCAACGAGAUUGAGGCCACUUACCAUGAAAAGUUCAUUCGACACCUGGAUAGGAAUAUUCCUCUCCACGCUCUAGUUUAUACCAUGACGAGGCUCACGCUGGCUCGCUUCCGGUGCAAGGUGCACAGCCCGCGUGGCCGGGCUAAUAGCAACGGAGAGGUGUUCAUGACGCGCGAGGAGGGUGACCUAGUCUUUGACUGGAGUGUGACCUGGCUGGAAAUGAUGGAGAUUGCUAUGAGCAGCAAGUUCUCUUCGCACUUUAUCGCGCAUAUGACGACAAAAUUCACCGUGGAUGUCUACAUCUAUAUCCUCAGUGAUCUCCGCAAGAGAGUCUCUGGUGAGCGGGUCACCUUGGCUUGGAAGCUCAUAGAGAGUCUUUACGGAUAUCAUCCGGAACUGAUUGAGAACACGCAAAGUUCCUUUUAUGUGGCUCUCGGGGACCUGACAUUGGAAGCUUGGGAAGCCAGGAGGAGAGAGUUGGUCAACGUCCAGGGGAGUCAUGAAGCCGAUAAUGCGCCUCGCUAUAUUCAGUUGCUUCGGGAACAGAGGCAACAGAAACCUGCGCCAGUUCCACACGUGCCAGCGGCAGACUUUCAGACUCUUGACCCGCUGGGACUUACUGAUCCGGCAAACCUGGAUUGGGAUUAUUGGAAUGAUUUCUUGCGAUUAUAGUUAUGUUCUCGCAACGGCAAUCCCAAUAUCGGCUAAAUUUCGAGUGUUGAAAUGCAAUUGUUUGCUCGGGAGAUUAAAACUCUUGGAGGUGUCUGGUGGUUGAAGUUGCGGUGACUCUAGCUCGAGUUCACGUUCCAUCGCCAAUGCGGGUCAACGCAUCCUUGUACUCAAAGCUAACGACCCCUUCGCCCUGCUCAGGUAGUAGUGAGUAAGCACAUCGUAGCAUGGGAACACCAAAGUCCCGUUUCAAACCUUGCGCUCCAUGACUGAGAGCCAACAGUUGCGGUGGACCUAGGAGGAUGGGAACGAAGAGACAAAGUUGCUAACACAUCAUCCGAAUAUUCCCCAUCCAGAGGUUGGGCCGCGGCACGCAUCUAGUCAGCAACAUCUCUGCGCGGUCCACGAGUACGACGUUGUCAUUGCUAGUCUACGAUC